AUGGAUUCAAAGAAGUCUAACAAAAUCACAGAAAUAGUUAGGCUUCAACAGAUUCUCAAGAAAUGGAAGAAGCUCGCGGCCAAAGGUACCGGCAGCAGCAGCUCAAUAAGCCACACCGGCACCACUAGUACCAACAACACUAACAGCAGUGGCGGCAGCAGUAAUAGUAGUAAGAGCAUCAAGUUCCUCAAGAAAACACUGUCUUUCUCAGAAAGAGAAAGCAGCAGCUCCCUAAAUAACGGUGCGGUCUCGGGUGGCUCCAGCGACGUGGUGCCCAAAGGGUAUCUAGCAGUAUGCGUUGGAGAAGAGCUCAAGAGAUUUGUGAUCCCAAUGGAGUAUCUGGGUCACCAAGCUUUUGGGAUUCUACUCAGAGAAGCUGAAGAAGAGUUCGGGUUCCAACAAGAAGGAGUUCUAAAGAUCCCUUGCCAAGUUGCUGCGUUUGAGAAGAUCCUGAAGAUGAUGGACGAGAGGAGGGAUACGCCGGAUGCAUUUCACUUGCACGAUUUCGGUUUGACUACGACAGCUAGCGGAGAUCAACUGGACAUGGAUAUUAAUAGCAAUGUUGGAUAUUGUUACUCGCCAUACCACCACCAGCCUCCUCAAAUGUGCAGAUGA